AUGAACAAAGCAUUUGGCGAUGAAAAUAUUGAAGAAACUGCUCGUACCUUGCUGCGUAACAUCAAGCAAGGGACUCAUACCACGGACGACUACAUUGCCGAAUUCCGAUCACUUGAAUCCAAGGCGAAAUUAGAAGAUGCCAGAAAUAUCGAGUAUUUCAAGUGGGGACUUAACGACCCACUCCGACAAAGGAUAUAUGGGAUGGAGAGCAUGCCCAAGACACUUGACAAGUGGUACGAAUACACCUCACAGUUUGACAACCAAUGGAGAUCUGCUCAGAUCUUCAAGCGAGGAGCCACUACGAUGACACGAGGAAAAAGCCGAUCUACCCAUCGUCCCUACUACUCGACUUCUACGAAGGAUCCGAAUGCAAUGGAUGCUGAUCGUAUCAAUAUCUCGUGCUUAUCCCCAGAGGAGCAACAGAAGAGAAUGAAAGAAGGAUUAUGUUUCCUAUGCGGAAAGAAGGGCCAUAUGGCCAACGACAGACAAUUCCACUUCCAGUCUGGAAGUUUCACCCAUGCUAGAACGAUACAGCCUGGGUUGGACACCGAUACGAUUACAUGGAUCAAGAAGAUGCGAGAAGACCUUGCACAGAAGAAGGAGAUGCUGAAGGAAGAAACCAGAGAGGAACAGAUCGCCUAUGUGCGAAACAUCUUCAACAACAUGACUGAUGAAGAACGAACUCAGUUGGGUUUUUGA